GGCGUUGGCCGCGGAACGGCGACCGUGUGGGGAAAAUUCUCUAGCGAAUAAUCGCGGUGACAUGGCUGCUGCUGUCGGAAAUACGAAGGCUCCUGAAGAGAUGGAGCAAGAGCAAAAGGAGGCAAAGCCCAUGGGGGACGUGCCUCGUGACGUGAUCAAGCACCCUCUGCAAAACUCGUGGACGCUUUGGUACUAUGAGAAUGACCGUACCAAGUCCUGGGAGGACAAUCAGGUUGAGAUCUACAAUUUCGAGACCGUUGAGGAUUUCUGGGCGCUGGUGAAUCACAUCAAGCCAGCCAGUGAGCUCAGGGUUGGUACUGACUAUUCGCUCUUCAAGAAGGGCAUACGACCCAUGUGGGAAGACCCUGCAAACAAAAACGGCGGCCGCUGGCUUGUGUCGCUUGAGAAAAAGCAACGUGGCCCUGAAUUGAACAACUGCUGGCUCGAAGUGAUGCUAUGCAUGAUUGGUGAGGCCUUUGAUGAGUACAGUGACGAGGUCAACGGCGCUGUGAUGAACAUACGGCCCAAGGGCGACAAAAUUGGCAUCUGGACUGCUGAUGGCACUCGCACCACCUGCAUUAUGGAGAUUGGACAACGCAUAAAGUCCCGGCUGAACAUCCCAGCCAAGGUUCUGAUUGGUUAUCAGUUGCACCGUGACUUGACGGUGAAGAACAGCUCAGUGAUCAAGAACAGACAUCAGGUGUAGUGGCCCUCGCGCUUCGAAAGGACUUUGCGAACGAACUGAAGACUGUUGCGAGUGCUCACUCAGACAUAAAGGAAAAGAUAAACUCUUAAGGCUGCUGAGCUUUUUUAAGAGGACUACUACUUCUUUCGUUUCUCUCUGUUUCUAUUACUUCCGAAUGGUUACGUUGCUAGUGACACACACACACUCCAAGCAGUGCUGGAAUAAUAAUCCUAUUUAUUACGAAUUGCUCUUGAAUCCUGAGGAAGCUUCAAUUUGUACAUAACGAGUUGUUGUGGCGAAAGAGAAUUGCGGUUAUUCUUUAUGUAUAGCUUGAAUAAUAUUGAGAAUAAUAAUAUGUAAUUGAUUUUGGCAGUUGGUCGAGUGUGUCUGUGUAUUUGUAUAAGGAACUUCUAUAUAAUCAGUGGGUGAAUCAAUUGUAAGUAUUUUUCUAAAUGUAGGAAGUCGUUGAUUAAUGAAUUUGGUUUCCAAGAUGAUAAUUAAUCAAAAUUAAGGUGUAGCUAUUUGCGAUUAAUGUCACCACUCGACGAGCAACACCCACUUGCCUGGUUUUUUACUCAAGCCAAAGAAUUGUGUUUGAGCAUGUAACAGGUAUGACUUGAGAAUAAAAGUUGUUUGUAAAUUA